AUGUCCAUCGACAACAAGCCCAACCCCCCGCGCGACGAGUCCGCCGACGACUCUGUUGAUUCUACCCCCGAGAGAGAGCAGAACGCCCCGGCGGCUGUUUCUGGCAGCAGCAACAAUGCCGUCCAGGACGCUCAGCAGCCCAAGCGCAAGGGUGGACGCAAACCGAUAUACGCUACAUCGGAGGAGCGCAAGCAACGAAACCGGCAGGCACAGGCCGCCUUCCGUGAGCGCCGCACCGAGUACAUCAAGCAGCUCGAGGAAACCAUUCACGUUCACGAAUCCAACCUGCAAAACCUCCAGUCCGCCCAUCGCAAUGCUGCCGACGAAUGUUUGAUGCUCCGCUACAAGAACUCGCUGCUCGAGCGAAUUCUUCUCGAGAAAGGCAUCGAUGUCCAGGCCGAACUGCAGGCCAAGGCCGACAGUCCCAACCUCGGACCGGCCCAUGUCCCCCAGAACAUAGUGCAACCGCCUCCAAUUCAGAGGCCCAUCAUGAAUCGACAACACCAUAGCCGCAAGUCAGCCUCCUGCAUCGCCCCGAAGCUGGAGCCAGGGUCUGGCGCCGUUGGCACCGCCGCCAUGCAGGCUCGCAAGCCUCACAACUCCCCAAAGAGCCGUCCCGCGCCAUCGUCUCACUCCAAUUCUCCCAACAACGGUUCAUCGGCCUUUUCUCCCGCUCCAUCAGACAGCAUUUCCCUGAGAGGCUCCAUCUCGGGGCUCACCCGCCAGCAUCUUUCGCUCGCAGGCACAACGCAGCCGUCUCGAAGCACUGUACUUCAGGUUAGCACGCCCCGGAGUGUCUCUGGCACGAGCGGCUCGUUCUAUGCUACACCGACGUUCCGAUCUGAUCAUGAUUAUGACAAUCGAGAAGACAUAGUUGAAGAUCCUGAAGUUGAAACGCCCGGCGGACACGGUGCUUUUGCAAGUGCAUUCAACAGUGAUACGACGCAGCCCAUGCUGCUCUCUCCCACUUCCACAGGCCCUGCCCACCACGAGCAGGGAGGUCACCAGGCAUCGUUGUCCAACCACCACUUCCCACCCAUGACCCAGCUGCUCGAUCAUCAGAACAUGGACUGGGAUCCUUUUGGUCUGAGCGCCAGCAUGGCCUUUCCCAGCCAGCAAUUUCCUUUUGACCAGGCCGGCCUGAGGUGA